UGGGAGCUAUGGCUGCUGCACCCCAGGCUCAGAGAAGAGCAUGCUGGACCUGGACCUGGCUGAGGGCCCAGGCCACUCUUGCCACCAGGGCCUGUUUCUCUCUGCGGGAACCUCGCCGCCCCAGGCUCACCCCCCAACCUGUGAGAGGCUGCUGCAUUUCUCCCACCCCAACAGGUCCCCCAGACCCCAGACCACAUAUGUGAAUGGCAGCCUCCCAACCGCACAACACAUCAAGCAGGAGGUCCUGCCCGACUACCAGGCUAUGGCCGGAGCCCGCAUGUCCCUGUCAACUCACUGCCGGGCCCCACCUGCCACCGGCCUGCACACAGAGCUGGACCUUCCAGGCCGAGGCCUUGCCAACCCUGUGCCUUCCUGCUACCUUGUGAGCAGUGAGCCCAGCUCGGGCCUGGGUCCCCAGCCGGAGGCUCACCUCCCCGAGGGUGGCCUGAAGCGCUGCUGCCUCUUGGGCCUGCUCCCCACCUCCUCAGCCUCCUCUUCACCCUGCACCUCCUCCGAUGUCUCCCCCAUCAUCCGCUCUUCCCAGACGGCUCUAGUCACUUGUGUAAAUGCACUCCGGAGCCCUCCUUUGUCUGGAGACGUGGUGGGUCCUCCCAAGCGGGCUCGGCCUGGCCCAGCAUCCACUGAGAGCCAUGAGGGCAGCUUGCAACUUGAAGUGUGCCAGAAGGCAGGCUUCCUGAAGCAGGAGCCCACGGAUGAGUUCUCAGAGCUCUUUGUGCCCCACCAGCAGGGCCUGCCUCCCCCUUACCCACUGCCUCAUUUGUCAGCUGGCUCCAGCCUAGGAGGCCUGGGACUGGGCCUGGCAGGCAGGAUGGUGGCCGGGCGGCAGGCGUGCCGCUGGGUGGACUGCUGUGCAGCCUACGAGCAGCAGGAGGAGCUGGUGCGGCACAUCGAGAAGAGCCACAUUGACCAGCGCAAGGGCGAAGACUUCACCUGCUUCUGGGCUGGCUGCGUGCGCCGAUACAAGCCCUUCAACGCCCGCUACAAGCUGCUCAUCCACAUGCGGGUGCACUCGGGGGAGAAGCCCAACAAGUGCAUGUUUGAAGGCUGCAGCAAAGCCUUCUCACGGCUGGAGAACCUCAAGAUCCACCUGCGGAGCCACACAGGAGAGAAGCCAUACCUGUGCCAGCACCCCGGCUGCCAAAAGGCCUUCAGCAACUCCAGUGACCGCGCCAAGCACCAGCGCACCCACCUGGACACGAAGCCGUAUGCCUGUCAGAUCCCUGGCUGCGCCAAGCGCUACACGGACCCCAGCUCCCUCCGCAAGCAUGUGAAGGCCCACUCAGCCAAAGAGCAGCAGGUGCGUAAGAAGCUGCACACAGGCCCUGAUGCUGAGGCUGACGCCCUGACUGAGUGUCUGGCCCUGCAACAGCUCCAUGCGUCCACACAACUGGCUGCCAGUGAUGGAAAGGGUGGCUGUACCCUGGGCCAGGAGCUGCUCCCAGGUGUGUAUCCUGGCUCCAUCACGCCCCAUAAUGGGCUUGCUUCUGGGGUCCUGCCCCCCACGCAUGAUGUUUCUUCCAGACUCCACCCACUGGACGCCACCACAAGCUCCCACCACCAUCUGUCCUCUCUGCCCACAGCGGAGAGCACCAGGGACGGGUUGGGGUCCAGCCUCCUCUCACCCAUGGUCAGCCCACUGAAGGGGCUGGGGCCACUGCCACCAUCUUCUCAGGGCCAGUCUCCAGGGGGCCAGCCCUUCCCCACACUUCCCAGCAAGCCGUCGUACCCACCCUUCCAGAGCCCUCCACCCCCACCUCUGCCUAGCCCUCAAGGCUACCAGGGAAGUUUCCACUCCAUCCAGAAUUGCUUCCCCUACGGCGACUGCUACCGGACGACAGAGCCAGCAACCAGUGGGGACGGACUGGCAGGGGAGGCCCACAGUUUCAAUCCUCUGCGGCCCAAUGGCUACCACAGCCUCAGUGCACCUUUACCUGCCUCAGGCUAUGAGGCCCUCACCGAGGCCCCAUGUCCCACAGCACUGCCACCACAGCCAUCCGAAGACGUGGUGUCCAGCGGCCCUGAGGACUGCAGCUUCUUCCCCAAUGGGGCCUUUGACCACUGCCUGAGUCAUAUUCCCCCUAUCUACACAGACACCUGAAGGAAGGCCUACACCUGCCUGCCCAGUUCACAGACACUGCUUCACCUAUUGCCAAUGGCUCCUGCCCCACUGCACUGGGCAGGGGCAGCCAGGCCACUGUCACAGGGGGAACCAGGUGCUGUGGGCAGUAGCUGUAUGAGCUCAGUGCUACCCACCAGGGCCCAUGACCCUGUGGCAGUCCCUUGAUGUGU